AUGCUCCUUCCAAAAAAGGGAGGCCCCGACACAGCCGCAGGGGUGGACGAAGCCACCCCGCUCCUCGUAGGCCAGCAAGACGCCCAAGAUGGCGACGUGUACGCCGACGAGAGCCUCUUCCUCGACGCCCGCCUCCGUUCCGUCUCCACGCACUUGCGCAUCGCUCGCCUCGCAGCCUACUCUGCGACAGCGGCCAUGUUUGCGAUUGUGCUCGCCUUGUUUGCAGCGAUAGUGACGCUGCCGUUCGGUCACCACCGCGCCGGACAUGAUGCGGAUUCCUAUGGCGGCAAGACACUUGCGCCCGCAAACUACACUGUCGUUCCGGGGCUGUUCGUGCAGUCCGACCCGGGAUUCAAUGCUACGGGGUACGACAUGCUCCAAGAUAGUUUCGGCCUGCUCGACAAGAGCGCGGGCAGGUGGAAGAACUUUACAAAGUUCAUUACCUCGCUCAAUGAGGAUGCCGACGAGCACACGACGUACAAGGUCAUCUUCAUCGCGCGUCAUGGCCAGGGCUGGCACAAUGUCGCGGAGAGCCGGUACGGCACGCCUGCGUGGAACUGUUACUGGUCACUACUGGACGGCGAUGGGAAGCUUACUUGGGGACCCGACGCCCAGCUCACCCCUCUGGGCGAGGACCAGGCCGCUGCAGCCAACGCAGGAUGGAAAGACCAGAUAAGUGAUGGCGUUCCCAUCCCUCAGUCAUUCUACUCGAGCCCGCUCCGUCGGUCGGCGAGCACGUUGAAUAUCACGUGGAGCGACAUCACGAUUGACAAGGGUGUCCGUCCGGUGAUCAAGGAGAACCUCCGCGAAAUCAUCGGCCUGCACACCUGCGAUAAGCGUUCGUCCAAGUCUCUGCUCGCAGAGACGUACCCGGACUACACCUUUGAGCCCUCGUUCACGGAGCACGACCCGCUCUGGGACCCCGUCUACCAGGAGACGGACACGCAGGAGGCCGUCCGCCUCCGCCUUGUCCUCAACGAAAUCUUCGCCACGGACCCGCACACGUUUAUCAGCAUCACAGUGCACUCGGGUGUCAUCAAUGCCUUCUUCAUGGCCACGGGACACCCUAGGUUCCAGGUGCAGACUGGCGGGUUUGUCCCCGUUGUGCUCAAGGCCGUGUCCCAUCCCACUGCGACCUUCUCCCCUAUCACCCGCGGCCAGAGCGCCACUGCUCCUAUCUGCACGGCAGACCCGACAGCGCGUGUCGUCUCCCCUGCCAGAGUUUCGGUCGCACCAACGUGGUACCCGGCCUGCGAAGGUGCGCAGGACGGCAUGGUGCUCUGUCGCGGGCUGGCGACCACAGGCGUGGCCCCUGUGCCGACGGCGACAGCUGUACCUGCGACGUGA